UGUUUCGAAAGCACUUGCUCCGGCUUUUCUCCCGCGUGAUUCUGUUCUCCAGCGGUGCUUCGAUCACUGUUCUGCGAAUGUGUUCUUUGAUAGCUGUGCGUCGGGUGGUUCAUUUCGGCGUCUGUUCAUAUAUUGUGUUGAUGUUCCAUUUCGCUUGUUUUGAACAUAGUGAUGUACUGUGCCAGGCCCACGAUAUGCUACAUUAACUACACUUUGUUUUGGCUAUUUAACAUAUUUGGCUUCAUUCAGAUAAAAUUAGACAUUUAUCUACCAUAACGGAAGGUUGUGCUCUCUGCCCAAAUGCCAAAUCGUAUGAGUUUUGAAUAAUGUUAUACUGAUAUGGUGUUGCAAACCUACGUGAUUUGAUCCUGUUGUGUGAAAUGUCAAAGGUGUAACUCGCUAAAAACUGUUCACCACUUUUCCGCUGAACUACUGAACAAUGCUCAAGCGUCUACACAGCUUACUUGGGAACUCCACCACAGCGCUGACGAAGGGCGCGGGUGCGGGAGCGGGCCCCAGCAGUACCGGCGGAGCGGGGGCGGCUGCGGCGUCUUCAGCAGGUGCGGGGGGCGUAUCCGGCGUGGCGGGGGGCGUAGCCUCAGCGACAGACGACAAGGAUGGCCAGGGGCGGGGUCUCGUGCCCGUCAACAAGAACCUGGGCAAUGUCAAGGCAGAGCACGGUGCCCAUCCCUCGAUGGCGUUUUUCCAGAACCGAUCUCUCAGCCUUGUGGAUAUGUACAUCGACACUUCCGAGCCUACUGAGAAUGUCGGCCAAAUUCAGUUCUCACUCGAGUAUAACUUCAAUGAGAUGACACUUAUACUCAGGAUUAUGCAGGCCAAGGAACUCCCGGCUAAGGACUUGAGUGGAACGAGCGAUCCUUACGUGCGGGUGACUCUCCUCCCCGACAAGAAACACAAGUUGGAGACGAAGAUCAAGCGACGAACACUCCACCCGAAGUGGCACGAGACCUUCUACUUCGAAGGUUUCCCGAUCCAGAAACUGCAGAGUCGAGUCCUUCACCUCCACGUCUUUGAUUACGAUCGCUUCUCAAGGGACGACUCUAUAGGCGAGGUCCACAUCCCCCUCUGCCAGGUGGAUUUCUCCGAGAAGAACAACACGUUCUGGAAAGCCCUACGGCCUCUGGAGAAGAACAAAUGUGGAGAAAUCUUGUGUUCUCUCAUGUAUCAACCCUCGACGUCUGAGCUCACUCUCACCGUUAUCAAAUGCCGUAAUCUGAAGGCGAAAGAUAUCAAUGGCAAAUCAGAUCCGUACGUGAAAGUCUGGCUGUACUUCGGCGAGAAACGGAUAGAGAAGAAGAAGUCCGAGGUCCAGUUCUGCACACUCAACCCCGAGUUCCACUUCAGCGUCAAGUUCGACGUUCCGUGGGAGAGGAUUAGGGAGUGCCAGCUCAACGUGACGGUGAUGGACCAUGACAAAGUUGGGAGGAACGAAGCCAUCGGAAAGAUCAUGCUGGGCAAGGCUGGCAGCGGCACCUCGGAGACCAAGCACUGGAGCGACAUGAUCACGAAGCCCCGGCAAAACGUCGUCCAGUGGCAUCGCCUCAAGCCCGAGUGAAGCGCUUGCCCUCGUGCCCCAUGCCCACCCUCCCCACCGC